CGCCAUCGAUUUUUCGUGGAAGGUGCCCAGAAAGGACGGUGAUGGACUGCGGGGCCGCUACCCCCCGACCGCAGCAGCCGGCGCGGGGGAGCUGAGAUGGAUCCAUCGGGAAAGGGUUGUUGCUUCGCUCCGGCUGUGGCUGUCGGAGCCGGGGCCCAGCUAGAAAAAGCAAGCGGAAGCCAUCAAGGUGGAGGAGAGGAAGCGAGGAAGAAGAAGAAGAAGAAGAAGAAGAAGAAGAAGGGCCGAAGGGCUGGGGCGAAGCAGCCAUUAGGAAAGUGCUGAUGCAGAGGUUCCCUCGUGUCUACGGGCAGAGUUGGAGGAGUUGCUGUUCACGGACAAAGGCAGCAGGAGGGAGUGGAGCUUUGUAGAAGCCGGAGCCUGUCUCACUGGGUGUCUGUGUUUCAUUCCCUGUCAAAAGCCUGGGAGCUGGGGGAAAAAAGCAGGGAAGCGGCGAGGCUGCAGCGCUCGCUCAGGAUCAGAUAGCAAGGAAACCAAUAGCGGCGAGAAAAAAAAAAAAAAAAAAAAAGAAAACCAACCCACAUCAACCAACCAACCCACCCACCCUCCACGCUGAGGCUGGAACAGGCAGGUCCCUGCCAACUCCACAGCACGCAGCAAGCAGGGAAGAAGUCCACCCUCCCCGGGCAGGAGCGGAGUUGAGCCCGAAGGAUAUUUGAUGACACUUUGGCAACGAUGGGUCCCCCAGCAUCUUCCAGAGCCCAUUUGAGGGUGAAGGCUCUGAAAGCACAGAGGGAGUUUGAAGCUAAAUUCACCUGAGUCUGGAUCUCUUGGUCGCUGGGAUUUAUCUAUUUUGCUUAUUUUCUCCAGGGAGAAACCGAACCAAGAAAACAAGCGUGGGGUUUGAUUAUUUUUUUUUUUUAAUCUCCCUCCCUUUUUUUUUUCCUUCUUUCUUUUGGAAGAAGAUAUAUAUAUAUUAUUUUUUUUCCCCUGUGGUUGGAAUGGAGGGGUUGGGUCUGUGCCUAAGAAGCAGCAGCCAAACAUCGGUCCUGGGAGAAACCCGAGUGGAUGUGGGGUCCCCUGCCAGCUAACUCUCCAGGACCCGCAGCCCCACGGCCGGGGGGGCUGGAUGCAGUGAGAGAGCCUCUCACGGGAUCAGCGUGGUGACGUGGCAGCCAGGACGUGGAAUUUUGGGACUCCCCUUCCACCGCAACAGAAUCUGGGGGGUGGGCAGGGGUGGGUCAGGGGGACACUGGGGAUCGCAAGACCCUUCACCUUCACUGUGGGCUUGGCUCAGGGAUGACCACAGGCAGGGUCAACCCUUACAGCAUCGUGUCCUCCGAGGAAGACGGGCUGAGGUUGACCACCAUGCCAGGUAUCAACGGCUUUGGCAACGGGAAAAUCCACACCAGGAGGAAAUGCAGGAACAGGUUUGUAAAGAAGAAUGGCCAGUGCAACGUGGAGUUCACCAACAUGGAUGACAAGCCACAGAGGUACAUUGCAGACAUGUUCACCACGUGCGUUGACAUCCGCUGGAGGUAUAUGCUCUUGCUCUUUUCCCUGGCCUUUCUGGUGUCCUGGUUAUUGUUUGGGCUGAUUUUCUGGUUAAUUGCACUCAUUCAUGGAGACCUAGAAAACCCAGGUGGAGACGAUACCUUCAAGCCUUGCGUUCUGCAGGUCAAUGGCUUUGUGGCUGCUUUUCUGUUCUCCAUUGAGACCCAAACGACUAUUGGUUACGGCUUCCGCUGCGUGACGGAGGAGUGUCCGCUCGCGGUCUUCAUGGUGGUGGUUCAGUCCAUCGUGGGGUGUAUAAUUGACUCCUUCAUGAUUGGUGCAAUAAUGGCAAAAAUGGCCAGGCCCAAAAAAAGGGCCCAGACAUUACUUUUCAGCCAUAAUGCGGUAGUGGCAAUGAGAGAUGGAAAACUCUGCCUGAUGUGGAGAGUGGGGAACCUCCGGAAAAGCCACAUAGUAGAAGCCCACGUACGAGCUCAGCUCAUUAAGCCCAGGAUCACGGAGGAGGGGGAAUACAUACCGCUUGACCAAAUAGACAUCGACGUGGGGUUUGAUAAAGGCUUGGACCGUAUUUUCUUGGUGUCCCCCAUCACCAUUCUCCAUGAGAUCAACGAAGACAGCCCCUUGUUCGGGAUCAGCCGCCAGGACUUGGAGACAGAUGACUUUGAGAUCGUCGUCAUCCUGGAAGGCAUGGUAGAAGCCACAGCCAUGACGACGCAAGCUCGGAGCUCCUACCUGGCUAGUGAGAUCCUCUGGGGCCACCGCUUCGAGCCUGUCUUGUUUGAGGAGAAAAACCAGUACAAAGUAGACUAUUCCCACUUCCACAAAACCUACGAGGUCCCGUCCACGCCGCGCUGCAGCGCCAAGGACUUGGUGGAGAACAAAUUCCUGUUGCCCAGCACCAACUCCUUCUGCUACGAGAACGAGCUGGCCUUCAUGAGCCGCGACGAGGAAGAGGAAGACGAUGACAGCCGGGGUUUGGAGGACAUCAGCCCGGACAACAGGCACGAGUUCGACAGGCUUCAAGCCACAAUAGCGUUGGAUCAACGGUCGUACAGGAGGGAGUCGGAAAUAUGACUCUUGGUCCUUCCGCUGACUUUUCCAAGGGUAUUUUUUUUCCUUCCUCUAAUCUCUUCCCCCGAAAACCCGCUCAAAAUUAUGCAGAACAAUGCAAGUGCCAUAGGAAUGCUUGAGAAAUUAGUCUCGUUCAUAGUUUUCAGUUUCAUCGCAAUAACCACUGAGCGGUCUGCAGGAGGGGACGGUGGCAGCCCCCGGCGCGUGUCCCGCGCCCGGCGCCCGCGGCGGGGCCGACGGCUCGGGGGGGAUGGACGGACGGAUGGACAGAUGGAUGGAGGGAUGAAGAGAGGAGGGUCUGUGGGGCAUGGGCAGGCGCCGGCCCCGCACUGGCCCCGCGGGGCUUCGCUCCUCCCGCGGGGAAAACGCCGGCAUUGUCUUGGAGCCGAGCACUGCGAGAUCCAAAAAGAGGAAAUAUCAGGAAACAAAUCUUACACUCUCUCUCUCUUUCUAAUUUUUAUUUUUUUUCCUUUUGUUUUUUAACCGAGCAGCAACAACAACAAAAAAAAUUGCUCCUUCAGCAGGCGGUCUUGUUCGGUUGCACAAGAACAACACUUGAAAUAACAUGCAACGUUAAUGUACUUCUUUUUAAUUUGGGGGAAAAAAAAUGGGGGAGGGAGGUGAGAGGGUUUUUAAUUUUUUCACCGUACCGUUUGGGAGACUGUUUACCAAAAUAAUAAUAAUAAUUAUUAUUAUUAUAAUUAUAACAACAAUAAUAAUAAUAAUAUUAAAUCUGAAAGAAGUCAUUCAGUAUUUUUUAAAAAUGAACAAGGGAAUGAAGAAGCCACCAGGGUCCUUUGAGGGGGUGACUUGUUGGGCAGAUUCAAGAGCUAGAAGUCAAGACAGCAUCCAGUUUUGGGGUGUUUAUUUUCCACUGGCGUGGCUUCAUAGGCAGAAAACAGAUGUAAGUGACUGGAGGUCCGUGGCAGUGAAAGGAAGUAGAGGAGUUACUGGCAAAGGAGGUAAUAAGGAUAAGAAGGACUGUGAUAGAAAAAAAGUAUUGUAAACACAGUAAUUAGCCAAUAUCUGGAAAUAGUGAUUUUCAGGGUGGAAAUGGGGUCUGGAACAUCAGCUGCUGAAUGUUGGGUCUCCCCCAACAUCUCUGAUGGGGAAUUCAUAAAUUCCAUCAUGACUGGGACAAAAUAAUGAGAAGCACAAAAAGGAGAGCGGAAAGUUGUCAAAAUUGGAUAUUUUCCCACCUUUCCAACCAAUUUGGUAUUUUUCUUUCCUGAAGAAUAUUUUUAAACGUGGGAACCAAUGUGAAAGUCACCUUCUAGCACAGGAGCCAGCUCUGUGCCAGGCUGGGGUUUAUGAAUUCCCUAUUCAUCAGAGGGUUCUGCUUCAGAGGCAGAUGUUUUUCCCAAAACAAGAGAUGCCAGUCGAGAAAAUCACCCCGUCUUGAGCUUCAACCCAUCCCUGUGUCCCAGCCUCAAGGUGGAUUGUGCCUUAGAGAUGCGAACUCAUCCUGCACCCCAGCCCUCCUCCAUAGCACCCCUUUUGCAUCCCCCCGCAGGGGCACGCUUCCUUUGCUCUGCAGCACCCACGUCCCCUCAUCCACCGUGUUUUAGGCUGGCCUUGGUGGCAAGCUGGCUUAGCUUUUGCUCCAGCACAGGGCAAACCAGCCCGUGCUUGGGAAGCCUUGGCUCCUGCCCUGCUCCCCACUAUUGCACAGGGGGAAGGAGUCGGGAAGAUGCAGGUUGCGGGUCCCUUCAUCCAUCCAUGCUGCUCAUUGGUGCUCUGGGAGCCAAAAUCCGGCUCCCCGCUCCCUGUGGCCAUGGGAAAAGCUUUGUAGCCA